AUGACACGCUCAAACCCUUCUUCAGUUGUUAAGCGCUCUGUCAGAAAUUCAAAAAAAGUUCAAAGAACUACAAAAUCUGAUCUAAAAUUCAUUCAGGGUACAUUAGCUGCAGUGCAAUUGUUAUUUGAUGAUGAUGGAAUCUUAAUCAAGAUUCCAAAUUAUUGGUUUUCUUCAAUUUCUAAAUCAUCUUUAUAUGAUACUUUAAAAUUAGGUUCCAAAGAGUUCUUUUACGAUAGAGAUAUUGAUACAGAAGAAGUUGAAGCAUUCAUAUCUCAGCAAGGCUUGAAUCUUUGUUUUUUGAAGAAUUAUUUAUCUGUUAAUAUCGAGUUAUUAUGGAAUUAUAAAGAGAUGUUGUCAUGUUUAUACCAAAUCACUAUAUUGAAUAAGAUUGGCGCUCCAUUAGAAGAAAUGUUAUCCAAAUUCAAGGAACAUUUAGUUGCUUAUGUUGUUGAAUCUAUUGAAUGUUCAGUUGGUUAUGAUAUUGAUGAAGCUGAAAAAUAUCUUGCAGAAUACAGAAAUCAUUUUUGGUGUGAUUUUGAUUCAAGUAUCAAUGAUGAUUUUGAAGAAGGAGCAUCGUAUUUAACAGAUGCAAAAUUACAAACAAUAGAAUCAUAUGCUCAGAAUAAACUUGUUGAUGAUCAUCGUAAAUUUAUUUAUGGUGUUAUUGUUUUCGAAGGACAGAUGAUCUUAACAGUCAAUCCUUUCUGCAAGUCAUCAUGUCCCUUAUUGAAGGUUGAUCUCAAAAAGUUUUUAGAUCCGCAUAAAGUUGUUCCAGCGGUAAACAAGGUGUUGAUGAUGGCUGAACUUGCUAGAAAGCAAAUGUUGGGUGAAGAGUUUUCAUUGAUUGAAAUGGCAAAUUAA